GAAAACAUCCUCUCCACAUCCAGCCUGUCGAGGACUUUCAACAUUCGAAAGGUUUCAACGAGUUGAAGGAAUGAGUUUCUGAAUUCCAGUGGAUGGGGUUCUGUCAGAGUCUGUGAUCUACGGCUGCAUUCAAACUGUCGUUCCUUACAGUGAUGGUUCCUGCUCUCAGAGCUCACCGACUGGCCGCUUUUUGAUAUCCCCAGGAUGAGGCCUGGAAGACGUGUGCCUUCGGGGUACGGUGUGAAUGAACCGAUUCCGCGCUGGUGUUGACAACUGAGGCAUCGCGGGGGAAACGGAACGUCAUGAACAGAGGUUCAGCUGUCGGAGGCCUCUGUAUUCGGGCAAUUGCCCUGUCUCCUCUUUCUUUCUCUUGAUGGUGGGGGAGAGUUAGCUGCUGAUUCUCGAGCUGGAGAACCUGGAACAAAAGUGACGUGACGGACUGCAACAUCGGAAUCAGCUGUGAAGCAAGCAGACUUGACUUGUCUUGAUGGUCGCCAUUUCACAUGAGGCAUAGCCAAGGCCGGUAACGCAGCUUUUAAAUUGGGAAGUGGAUCUGAAGACUAUAAUCGGUCAGGACCUGGUACAGGACCGAAACCGGGAGCUGUUUUCAGUUUGUCAGCUUCAUCUUCUGCUGCAAUAUGCCCGCAAAAACUCCCAUGUAUCUAAAGACAUCAACCCCCAAACGGGGCAAGAAGCAGAGACUGCGCGACGUUCUGUCCGGUGACAUGAUCAGCCCUCCCCUGGGUGAUUUUCGCCACAGCGCCCACAUCGGAAGAGGCGGCGAAGGUGAUAUGUUCGGAGACAUCUCCUUCUUGCAGGGCAAGUACGACCUCCUUCCCCACGUCAACGGGCGGCCAACUUCCAAAAGCACAGAGCAAGGGCUGAGUGAUGAGUACGCCUAUGAGCGGGCAUUUAACAAUGGGGACGGUGUGUAUCCCACACUGUUGAAGACUGCUGUUUCCCUCCCUGUCUUCAGCGAUGUCCACGAAAGCCAGGAGCAAGAGCAGGCUCCCCCGAAACCCCCCAGACUCCACCUGGAGGAAGGCCCUGCUCAGAGGUCAAUGUCAGUCAGCUGCACGGCCGGGUGCUUCCAAGAAAUAUCCACAUUUGACAAGACUGUUGGGUCAUCUGUUUCGCUGUCCGCCACAUCGCGCACCUCCUCGGAGUGCUCAGUAAUUGACAUUGGGCAGGUGGAUGGCAAGAGAGCCAUAAUCUUCAACAGUGAGACGUCCCUCGACAACGGCAGCCCUUUCCCAUCCGAUUCCUACAUGAGCGGCUCAGAACAUUCGCUUGGCUUGGACUUGGACUUGGGACCUUCAAUACUCGACGAUGUCCUCAGAAUUAUGGAUGGGUACAAGUUACACUGAAGUAAAGAGACCUGAGAGAGUUUGUUCAGAAAGUCAGUGGUGAAAGGACUUGAAAGGGGGGACAAAAGAUGAGCAAAACCAAACUGGUAUUCAGUCCAAAGUGAACUCCUGCAGUUGCAGGCAAUGGUCCAAGAAAAGAUUUCCUGGAGUCUCGAUUAGAGAACAAACAUAGAUACUUUCAACUUCUCAGGAUCUCUUUCUAAACUCUAUCCACAUAUUUCAUUAAAGAACCCUGCAAAGCUAAUUGAACAGAUAAACUGCGACUUGAUUUUCCUUCACUGAACCGCUUUUAAAGAAUGAUAUCAGGAUUACACCGAAGUCACCAUCAUCAUUAUGUGCCGUGUUGUAUGAUGUGGGCGAUUAUGGUCUUUCCACGACUACGAUUGUUCUUGGCAUAACUUGUCUACAGAAGUGGUUUACCAUUGUCUUCUUCUAGGCAGUGUCUUUACAAGACAGGUGACCCCAGCCAUUAUCAAUACUCUUCAGAGAUUGUCUGCCUGGUGUCAGUGGUCACAUAACCAGGACUUGUGAUCUGCACCGGCUGCUCGUACGACCAUCCACCACCUGCUCCCACGGCUUCACGUGACCCUGAUCGGGGGCUAAGCAGGUGCUACACCUUGUCCAAGGGUGACCUGCAGGCUAACGGGGGAAGGAGCACCUUACACCUCCUUUGGUAGAGACGUAUCUCCACCACGCCACACUGAUGUAGAAACACUAAAAUGGGCACAGAGGAAGAAAACCCUGCUAAACUCCUGACCUCAGAAGGUAUAAAGUAUGUAGUACUGGAUACUGAAGCAGAAAACAUAGAAUUAUGGCUAGAACCAUUUGGGUUUGAAUGAUAAUCUAAUGGGUUCCUGAUAAUGCAAACAUGAGGAAAUUUGCAGAUGUUGGAAAUUCAAGCAACACACACAAAAAUUGCUGUCCGCCAGAGAAAGCAGGAUCUCCCAGUGGCCACACAGUUUAAUUCCACAUCCCAUUCCCAUUCUGAUAUGUCUGUCCACGGUCUCCUCUACUGUAAAGAUGAAGCCACACGCAGGUUGGAGGAACAACACCUUAUAUUCCGUCUGGGUAGCCUCCAACCUGAUGGUAUGAACAUUGACUUCUCAAACUUCCGCUAAUGCCCCUCCUCCCCCUCGUACCCCAUCUGUUAUUUAUUUAUAUACACACAUUCUUUUUCUCUCUCUCCUUUUUCUCCCUCUGUCCCUCUGACUAUACCCUUUGCCCAUCCUCUGGGUUCCCCCCCUCCCCCUUUU